GCCCAUUAGCUGUUUCCUUUCCUGUUCUUUUUUCUUUUGCCGCGUCGCCUUCCGUCUCCAUCGCCGAGCUCGCGGCGAGAGGUUGGGACCUUGGUUUCCGCCGGGUCCUAUCUCCUGAAGAGUUGGAGGAUUGGCAGCGGCUUGUUGCCAUCCUCCCUGUGCUCUCGGAGGCUCAGGAUGUGGUCUCUUGGCCUCAUUCUGCCUCUGCUCGUUUUUCUGUUAAGUCGUGUUACCACGUUCUCUCUGGUGGUCCGGUGUCUUCUAAGUUCAAGCCCAUCUGGGUGGCUAGGGUGCCACCCAAGAUUAAAAUCUUCAUGUGGCAGGCCAUCAGAGGCCGCUUGCCGCCGACGGACCAAAUUAAGAAGAGGCAGGGCCCUGGAUCUGUGUUUUGUGCCCUAUGUGGCCAUCGUGAGGACUCUUGCCAUAUCCUGUUCCGCUGCCCCCUGGCCCAAUUGUUCUAGAGCUUCCUUAGGGACUCCUUGGGUGUUUCGUGGGCCCCUGCUAGCUUCUUAGCUCAAACCGCUUGUAUCCUCCCUUUCUGGGAAAGCUAGAAGGUUGUUCUGGUUUGGUUUUCCUGCAAUGUGCUGGACCCAAUGGACGACCAGAAAUAAGUUUACUAUCAAACAGGUGUUCCCCAGCAAGGCUGCUGACUGUGUUUUAAAACUUUCGAUCUUUUUGCAGCAGUGGAAAUCUCUGAUUAAAGAAGGUGACAGGGCGGCUGUGGAGCUCCUGGUUUCUCGUGUGCGUGCCUCUGCAGCUUCCAUUAUGGGUGAUAAUCGAGCCUCGGCAAAUGGAGCUAGAUCUGAGUGAUUAUCUGGCUACGGGCUGGCGCUGCUCUGCGCACGCUAUAGGCCCGGGGGGGUUUGUGGUGCGUUUUCCUAAUCCUCGAGUUGUUGCACAGAUCUGCUAUGUGGGGAAAGUGACUCUCAGAACUAGUGGGGCUGUUAUUCACGCCACGCAGUGGUCGUCUACUAUUGGGGCAAAGGGUGUGAUGGAAGUAGCUUGGGUGAGAAUCAGCAAUGUCCCUCUUGACAAGAGAAGUGAGAGAAACCUCGCGUAUGUUGCAUCUUUAGUGGGGGUUCCGCUGGAAAUUGACGCUGCGACGCUGCACCGCCCAUCCUCUGCUCGGGUGCGGUUGGGAUGCAGAAAUGUCAAUGAAAUUCCUGUGGUUGCUGAAGCUGUUCUGGGUGGGCACUUCUACAAUUUCUUUUAUGAAGUGGAUCAGGUUCUGGUGAGAGACCCUGAUAGAGAGAAAAAUACAAUUCAUAUGCCUUCUGAUUGGGAGAAGAAGUCUACCAUUGGGUCCACUCCUCGGUCGAAUCCUGGAGCUAUGCAGGGUAGUUUACCUACUGGGCUUGGGGGAAAAUCUUCUCCCAUUCCCCAGGGGGAAAAACUGACCCCAUUCGGGAUUCGCGGGAGUGUGGAAUCUGAUGAGUCAAUGCACACUACUUUGCUACUGGAAACCAUGGCUCAGGAGAUGGAGCAGGGUGAAAAAAUUGUGGAGGUGGAUACUAUAAAUGACGCAAUUCUGAAAAUUGUCACUAAUUACACGGUCAAGUCACCCGAGACUGGAAUGGACACUGAGAACAAGAUGGAGAGAGUGGAGGAAAAAGCCAUGGCAGCAGCUAAGAAGAGAGACAUUGAAGGGCUGAUGAGCGGAGCCGAUCGCGAGGCGAUGGAGCGCGGAGCCAAGAUGCUGAAGACCAACGCGUCGAACCUGAUGUGUAUCUGUGCGGCACCGGGGAACGCAAUGAAGGGGUGAUUCAGGUGCGGGGGAGAGAUGCAGAGAAGACUCCCCAAGCUGCCGAUCUUUUGUUCCUGUGCGAUAUUGGUGUGGAUUGUGCGUUAUGUGCAAAACUUUGUUGUUCCUUUGCGGCUCCUGCGCGAGUUUGAGCCUCAUGUGGCUGUUGUAGCCUUAGACUUUGGUUGCUUUUGGGUUGGUGAUGCUGGUUCUGAGGGUGUCACUAAGUUUUCGCCCCAUGGUAGACUGCUCGAUGACGAGUGUCUACCGUGGGUUUCCCAGUGAUGCGUUGAACUCGCAUUUCUCCUUUCUGAUUUCCUUCCAGUCCGACAAACUAUUGUAUUUCCGUUAUAAAAGUAAUGGAAAGGGGUUAUGCCCGGUUCAAGAAAAA